GGUUUAACAGGCACUAAACUUGGAUGCAGUGAAGGUGGCUGUGGAGCAUGUACAGUCAUGAUCUCUAGAUACGACCAUAAAAUGAAAAAAAUCAAGUAUCCUUUAUGAAAUAGCAAGAUUUUGAAGUUAAUGAAAGAAAGCGUUUGUUUAUUAUAUUAGGAGACUCAUCAGAAGUGUUGCAAUUUCAACAUCCUAUAAGCCCCAUUAGGAGUGCUUCUCUUAAUUGACAGCAACAACACAUUAACCCUUUAACACCCAUGAGUGACCAAGAUAGAAUUUCUCCUUACAGUAUCAAGACAAUAUCAAGCAUUAGGAGUACUCUAAAUUGACAGCAAAAACACAUUAAACUCAAAGGGACGCUAGCAUCCAAAGACCAAUCCUUAAUUUGACUUGGGUGAUCUUACAAAGUUUUACCCCGCCAAUUGUCGUUUCAGACGAAAAAAUGUAAUUUCAAGUUUGAAAAAAUGCUUGCAUUUUUCGCUGAUAGGGGUUUUGUCAUUUCACCAUUCACAGGAAUGUCUUCUCUCUUUUACGAUCUUUUAUUAUAAGUUGCGCCGAUGUGAAAUUUUCAGUGUGCUCUAAAUAAAAGACGUAAUUUCUAAUUGUGAGGAUGUGUCAGGAUUUCCCUUACCAAAAAAUUUCCAAUCCAGGUAGUUGUUCUGGAAAAGGAUCUAUUGAUUAGUUUCUAGCUUUGGGUACCUUAUCAAUUGGCUCGGUUUUGACUAUGGUGUAAAAGGCCACCAGUAAAGCGGAGAUCCUCUCAGAACUCGAUCCCUAAGCUGGAAACGUUGUCCACUGCGCCGACCUGUAGAAGUACUUAUUAAAUUCCCUUUACACCUUGAGAUUUUCGGAAAAAAGUCAAACUUUAACAUUGAAAAGACAUUUCUCUGCAAAUGGCUGUUUGAUGCCAUUGUGUGCAGUUGAUGGAAUGGCUGUAACCACAGUGGAAGGAAUUGGAAGCACCAAAACUGUCUUGCAUCCAGUGCAGGUAAAAACAGGUUUGGCUGAUGUGACCAGCUUGGCAGGUCUCUCUGUCAACAAUUGAAAGAUUCAAAACAAUUUUUGAUGAGAUCAGAACAUGCCCAAGAACGACCAUAACUUAAAAGGGACAAAGAAAAUAAAUUUAUUUUCCUUCAGAUCAUUUAGUUGAGUUUCUGGUUUCCAUGUGGUUUCUAGCGAACACCACAGCUAAGUUCUUCAAUGGUUUGACUUGUUGUGAAUGAAAUUUAGAACUUUUAAGUUUGUAAUUGUUUGCUUUCCAUUUUUUACCCUAGGAACGGAUCGCAAAGUCUCAUGGGUCACAAUGUGGAUUUUGUACCCCGGGAAUUGUGAUGUCAAUGUAUACGUUGUUAAGGAACAACCCUUUGCCAUCGUAUAAAGAAAUGGAAAGUGCAUUUGAAGGUAAAAGCUUUAUAUUCUUUAUUGUUCAUAACGCGGACUUAUGAAUUCUCCUGGAUGAGGGAAGGGCACAAAGGAAGAGACAGGUUUUAGGCUGGUUUUGACAAUCAAUCAGAAUAAAUCGAAAAAUGCAUUUUAUUUUUCCCUUCCGAAGGAAAUCUGAGAUUAGGCUCAUCUACUGAGUGAGCCUGAGUAUAAAAAGUUAUCCCAAGUUGUAUUAGUUUCCAUUGCUGGCUCUUUGAUUGGCCCGGAAAAAAAAUAGCACAACCCCCUCAACCAAUCAGCUGCGACAAAAGUCAAGCUAAUCGUAGCUUGCUCAUUCGUCAUUGCACGUGCCUUUGGUUGUUUCUUCAUAUCUCACUGAUUUCUUGUGGGGUCCUUGUAUUAUCUUCCCUGUCUUUGUUGGUCGUUGUGAUAACUUAGCUUUUGUUUUCACGGCUCUCGAUCGCAAGGGCUUUAAACUGUUGUUUUUAACAGUUGUCUGUAGGGUAAGCUCCGGUCGAGAAAAUCCUCCUCUCAAGUGAACAGCCAUAAGCUGUCUUCACAUUCCGCAUCUCUCCUUUUCCAGGGAUAUGUAUACUAAUUCCACAUGGAGUCGGGUGCAGGAAGGAAAAUGUUAACCCUUUACACCCUAAAAUCAGUAUGCAUAUUCUCCAUACUGCUCUUUAUACAUCUCCUAAGGUGCUGACAAGGAGAAUUUGUUUACCAAUCAAAAGCUUCUUUCGUUGGUGAUCAUUUCCUAUAUUCUUAUAACCUUAACGUGUGAUUCAGGGGUGAUAUUGUGGGGAGAAAUUUGAUGCUAGUCACUCUUAGGGUUUAAAGGGUUAACUGUGAUAAGAACGUCGUCGCAAUUAUUUUAACUCAAACUUUUAUCUUCAGGUAACUUAUGUCGUUGCACUGGCUACAGACCAAUUGUAGAGGGUUUUAAAACGUUCACAAAGGUCAGUGCUGGUUAACCAUUUCACUCUGACGAUCUCAACAGUAAUUCUCCUUACUGUCUACCAUAAAUUCCUUGUACUGUCAGUUCUGAGAUUUGGUUUUAAAUCAAACAAUAUUCCCUUUUUUACAUUCUCAUCACCCGUUUUCAUUGAUAGAGUAUGAUUAUCUUAAGGAGAAAUUACAUUUUGGUCGCUCUUGGGAGUGAAGGGGUUACGACUAUAAAUUUACCUCGCCUUACCGCAUGUAAUUUAGAAUCUUUGAGCUGGAAUACAAGAAAUCGUGAUCAUGACUGUGUCUAGGUUGAAGUUGUAUGUGGUGUUGCGAAGUAAAUCCUGAACUAAAAAAAAGCCAAUUCAAAAGAUGGUAAUAUCCACACCACAAAACUCGUUCCUAGGGUCUCUCCUCCUACCCUCCCCUCUCAUUCCUGGGGCGAGAAGAAGAGAGUGCCUAAGAAGUACGUAGGCAGCGCCACAACGUCAUACAUUCACCCUUACUAACAGUUCCCGUUUUCCAUCCUGGAAAGUAUUUGACGAGAACGCACCACAAUAAGUGAGAAUUCUUUGCUGUCUUUCGCAUUUUAGAAUCUCUCCUGUGGAUUUUUUCUCCGCGGGUUGGUUAUCGCCUUCUAAUUACGAAAACAACUACAGCCAGGGAACUGGUCCACCACGACUAAAUGAUCAUCCCCUUCCGUCCGAAAGGUCCAGUUCUAUACGUUUUUUUUUUAAACGAACAAAAAUUGCAUUAUAAAGAAACGUAAACCUUCAUCCAUACCUUCUUGUCUGUUCCAGGAAUGUUGCGGCAAAGGUGGAAACGGAUGUUGCCUUGACAAUAAUUCAAAUAUUAUCGGAGAAAAAGUUGACAGUGUAAGUUGAGAUAGGAGUAAAGUGGAUAAAUUUCUACAGAAACUGUGGUGCUGCGUCAGUGGUGAUUGCUCUAGAUUCGGUUUACACUACUCAAUCGAAAAGCAUUGUAAUAACUUUUCUGAUGAUAAAAAUUCAUUACAAAAAUGUGUUGGGUUCUGGAGAAAGAACGAUUGGUUUUGUCUUAAAGAGUUUCUUGCAUACUUACCAACUCUUCGCCCUAUAUCUCAUCUCUCAGGAGUCAACCAGUGGACUUGUCAAACCUGAGGAGUUUACACCAUACGAUCCAACACAGGACGCGAUCUUUCCACCAGAGCUGAUGGUAAGCCAACUUGCAAAGAAGGUACAAUUCCACUACGUGUUUCAGGCGAAUGGAGGUAACUGCACAACACGUUCGGGUGCACACUCCUCUUUUCGCACGUGAUUCGCGUUUUAAACUUUCCUCGCGUUUGCCUCAAACAUCAAAGCCCUUUAUGGGGCUAGUUGUAAGCUUAUAAUGUCUCUUUUUGUUGUUCUUUUGUUUUUCUGUUGCUUCUGUUUUUUUUAUAAAUGGAAGCGCUUAAAAACCCAGGUAGCCUUAGACAGGCGCGCACUAAGAAGAAAAAAAGGCUCUAUAGUUUUUCUCACAGAAAGAAUGUGUUGUGCCACGUAUUUUUACUGUUUUGUGUCUUAUAAGCUUCCAGAUGCUUUCAAGCCAAGACGUUUGUACAUUAAAGGAGACCUUGUUACUUGGAUCAGACCAACAACUUUGGAGGAAUUGUCGGAACUCAGAGCAAAAUAUCCGCAAGCUAAGCUUGUGAUUGGUAACACUGAAAUAGGUAAUAGACCUAAAAAGCUGUGAUUAAUGCUUGAGCCGACAAACUGAAAAAAAUUCUCAUGAUGCUGUCUAUCUAUUCUUCAAGAAUGUAAAAAUUUUUUACAGCGGCAGGAUAGAGAUAAAAAAAUGCCACGAACAUCGAUUCAACGGCCAGGCAGCUCGGAAAUUUAGGCACAGCACUAAGAUCUAAAAAGGAAAUUUUAAUAGAAUUCUUCGUUGAUAUCGGUCUAAAUGCAAACUAGUUGAAGCAGGUGAAAGACCGAGAAAGAAAUCAAACGUGGUAAGGUUGGAAUUUAAAGAAAGGUGUAGUAUCAAUUAUUCCAGGUCUAUGUCGUCGUCUAUUUUUCCUCGUCGAUUUUUCCAACCUUUUCUGAUGUCUUUUGUCUCAAUCUUUUAAAUUGCAUGAUAUUUUCUCUUCUCGCCUUCAUUGUGUGGUCGCGUAUUUCUAAAAAUCAAAACUAUUUCAUAUUCACAGGUAUUGAGAUGAAAUUUAAAAAUCAGAAUUAUCCAAUCCUGAUAGCUCCUACUCACAUUCCGGAGUUGAAUGCCGUCGAACACACUGCAGAGGGCAUCAGGUUUGGUGUGUCUGUGACAUUGUCUACCUUGGAGGAAGUUCUUAGUGAGGCUUGUCAGUCUAUGCCAGGUACUUAAGUGAAACUUAAUUUUAUGCCCCGCCCACUCAAAGAAACGAAUUUUCAUUUACUUAUAAAGAUGAUCUCUGAGGGAAAUUUUUGUCGGCGUAAUUGGGAAUAGAGUAGUUGGUGUUGGGAAAUGCGCUGAGGUGAUUAUGAAGUUGUAUGCGCUCUGAUUGGUCGAUAUAGUAAUGAUCAUAUUCGGUUUCAGCUCAUGCAAAGUAAUUUGCUUAACACAGAACAUGUGCAAACUUAGUCAGAAACCUUUGGUUACACGACUGUAAGGAUUUUCUUAUAUUGCUUGUAUGCGGUGAUCAAAUUGUCAUUCACAUGAACUUGAACAGACUUGAACCGAUGCUUUACCAUAAAGCAAAAAUAGAUUUAAUGACGAGACGGAAACCGCGUGUACUGUAAAUACCUCUCGUUGUCCUUCGAAAAUCCUUAAAAAAUUUUUUCAAGGAUUUAUGAAGGUACUUACAGAGCGUGAGGUUUCCGUCCUGUCGUGAACAAACCGUGGUUCACUAAGUUUAUACGUGACAAACGUCCUGCGUACUGCUAAGAACGCAAUAUCUUUUUCGUUUCAUUGUUUGCUCCAUAGAAUACAAGACCAGAUGGUUCACAGCAAUACUUCACAUGCUCAAGUGGUUUGCUGGUCAUCAGAUUAGAAAUGUUGGAGUGAGUAUGCUGAUGUAUUCACACCUCGUCAGUAGACGCCGUUUUAAGGAACUGUUUUACGACUUUACAUGUUCCUCUAACGAUGUUUCAGUCCACUGAGGAGAAACUAGACGUUUUGAGAUUCUUUCACUUGAUAAUACGUUAACCAGAAAGUAACCAAAACAUUAAUUUUUUAUUCCAUCUAAGCCGCUAUCAGGCUUUCAAAUCCGCCAAAACUCGAACUGAGACCCCCAAGCAGACGCUAAAGUAACACACAAGAAAUCGUCUGUUCUGCUAAUCUUGCUUCUAAACUGUUUUUUGUUUGUUUAUUUUGUGUGUCAGGCCAUAGGUGGAAAUAUCAUGACCGCAAGUCCGAUAUCAGACUUAAAUCCAGUUCUAAUGGCGGCAAGAUGUACUUUGAUUUUGGCGAGUGCUGGAGGUAUUGGUUAUCAUAAACCUGCCUAAUUUAGAUCCUUUUAUUUAUUUAUCAAUCUAUCUGUUCACUUCUGUUUUCUUAAAAAAUCAUAAUUUGCUCUUAUUUACUACAAAUUUACAGGGAAAACCAGGUCGGUCAAAUUGGAUGAGAAUUUCUUCACAGGAUACAGAAAAACUAUUCUAGGUUCAACAGAGGUGUUAGUCAACGUCUUGAUUCCAUUCUCAAAGGAGGUAAUUAACUUUUAUCAAUAAUAUCUAUAUUUUUAGGAGUUUUUAUAUGAUAUUAGAGCAACAUUCGUUGCUUCUGCAUAGCGCUUCCUUUUUUCAUGAUUCACUUUUUCAACUGUCAAUUAACGCAGCGUAAUAUUAAUGCCUGUUUCGUUACGUUUAACAGCACGAACACAUAUUCGCUUUUAAACAAGCUCGCAGGCGAGAGGAUGACAUUGCCAUAGUAAAUACAGCCAUGAGAGUGCAGCUUGAAAAGCAAACAAAUUCAAGUUCAUGGCAAAUCAAGGACUGCAGUUUCACUUUUGGAGGGAUGGCUCCCACAACAGUAAUGGCCUUGAAAACCAUGAAGAGCUUAACUGGCAGGUAAGGACUGGGUUCCUCAAGCACUUUGCUGUUCCUUUUGCAUUGAUGCUCAUUGGUAGAAUGUCUUGCUCGUACUCGCUUAAAACUUGAACCCUUCACAGUAGGGGUCUGCGAGCCAACCACGAGAUCACCGCAUCAUUUAUUGCGUGCGCGCCCUUCGUUUGCGCUGCAGGACGCGCGCUUCUCCCCCCACCCUUGCGGAAAGAUUUGAGACGAUUCGGGGAAAAGUUUGCCGGGGGUCUGGCACUAUUACUAGAGCCAGACCCCUUGCAGACCUUUGUUUCAGGCCUCUUCUUUUUUCCGCGUCGUGUUGAAGUGUCUAUAGCUAGGGCCUGCUUGCAGGUUACAUCACUCACCAAUAAUAAAUCUUCCCUAUUAUGAUUCAUUUACAGAACUUGGAAUGAAAAUAUCGUACAAGAAGCUUGUCAGUUGUUAGCAGGAGAUCUGCCGCUUGCACCCGGAGCACCCGGUGGUCAGGUCGAGUACAGGAGAUCGCUCGCCUCAAGCUUUUUUUUCAAGUUCUAUCUGAAUGUCUCUCAGCAGCUUGGUCAUGAAGAGGUCAGCACUCAGAAUUUUAUAAUAUAACUAACCUUGAUUCUUUAUAAUUAAUUUUUUAUCAUUGACCUUAAAGUGCUAUGGUAAACAAUUAUUCACCAAAGUGGAGGUGUCACGGCUCGUCAAAUAUCCACAACUUUCACUGAGGUUAAUAAUUGUUUUAGUAUAUACCACACAUGUACCCAAAAAAUUAGUUUGUUUCUCUUCAUAUACCGAAAAAUGGUCGAAAAUCACACUCUUGACGCACGUUUUUGUCUCAAGCUAUUCGGAGGUUAAUAGUACUUACUUUUCACUUUCGAAUUAACCAAUCAGCACGCGCGAAAAGUACUAUUUACCUGUGUGGUAUAGACUGACUAAGUUUAUUGUAUUGUUUUAGUGCGAUACAUACAUUCAAGAAUUUUAGGAUCGAUGUAGUUUUGUAUCUGAGCAACUGCGCACCUAUCUCUCCCCUCCCAACAACAAUCAACUAAUAACAACUUAAGGUUAAUGUCGAGUUAGGGGGUAAAUGCGCAGUCGCUAUAGAUACUGACAUUGAUCCAAUUUUUACAAAUAUGUUUCAACAGAAAAUUCAGCCCAUCUUGGGCGAUUCUGUACCCAAACGCCACGAGACAGGAAGAAAUUUUUUUCGCAGAGAAGAUACUCGGAGCAUACAGACUUUCCAGGUAAACAAAGGGCUGAAUUCAAUUUCUUGUUAUUCAGGAGUGUAGUUUGCGAGCCAGAGCCCGGGAAUCAUAGCCCGGUAUGACGUGUAAUGGCAAUGUACAGUAACCUAUCAAAGUACGAGCCUCGUUCAAAAACGUUUUGCUUCAGAGUUCGGACGUGCAGGAAACAACCCUCAGAGCUCCGCUAUUAGGAUUUAGAUAGCAUGCUGCAAGUUAGAUUGACAAACAGUCAGAAAAUCGUUUUGACGAGUAACCCUCGAAGCCUAUGACAAGUUGUCGAUGUUGUUGUUGCUUUUGUUUGUUUGUUUGUUUGUUUACAUAUCCAGACAAGUUAAUAUUUCCUAAACUCCUCUCUUACUCGCAAAAGACUCAUUUACUCUCUCCGAUUUUGGUUGAUUCAGGAGGUGCCCGACGAUCAAUUCGAGGAAGAUUUGGUUGGCAGGCCUGUGACUCACUUGGCAGCUGCCAAACACGCCACAGGGGAGGCAGUUUACUGUGAUGACAUUCCGAAAUAUGCAGGUACAGUUAUGUUAACCUUGAGACCACACACAAUAUGGUUGGAAUCCCUGUGCCUGAAUCAGUAUGCGUAGCGCACCGUCAAUAGUCUUCAGAUUUAAAUGUGCCGAAUUUCCAUUUCGCAUUCUCUCUGGAAUAAUUUUUCUUGUAUUUCAUUUUUGAUGAGAAAGGUUGUGAAAAGCCCUCGCAGCGAGUUCAAUUUCUCAAAAACCGAGCAGUCCUGAUAGAGAAACACUAUGGUAACUAAUAAGUACGGCUCUUUCGGACAACCCGCAAAAUCCAAUGGAUAUAAAACAAGAGAACAUUGAGUUGAAUGACUGAGCGUUUAAAAACACUAGGAAAUCGAUGUAAGCUAUGGGUGAAGAAAUGUAUAGACCUUAAUCUCAAUCAGAGGUUACUUCAACGAUCUUUGUACCUUGUGCUGUGCGAAAUACGAUUUUUCCUAUUUACAAAUAACUUUUUGCAUAGCCUCGAUUCAACCAUUCUUCCGUUUGUUCACAAGUAGGUCAUCGAACUUUUCCGAGUAAGAAAGUAUGUCAUCUGUUUUGAUUGUGCUCUUUUUUCACAGGAGAACUGUAUUUGGGGAUUGUUUGGAGCACACGUGCUCAUGCCAAUAUUGUGUAAGUACUUAAGAAUUUUCUUCAGAGCUUCACAAUUUUACUAAAACAUCUGGUGAUGGCACUUUUGUAAGUCUCUGAGUGAAAUCAGAUUUAUUUAAUCAAUAGAUAGAAACGAAGCAAAGCGAUGUUAAGUAGCUCUUAAGUUAGUAGUUAGAAUUUUCAAAUAAGAUCAUCCCACACUUGCGUUUACCGGCCACGGCAAGGUGGGAGGGGCAGAGGAUUGCCAGGUUGUACUGUUUGGGUUUGUUAUAAAUUAUUUUGUCAUCUACUGCAGAAGUUAGGUUAAAUGUUGGGUUAGGGGAGGGGUAGGUGCGCAUGCAUUUGGUCAUAUACUGACAUUAAUCCAUUUUCUUUUAGUUCUGUGGACCCAGGAGAGGCGUUAUGCCUCCCAGGGGUGAAAGCGUACAUUAGCGCAGAAGACGUCCCUGGAGAUAACGUCACAGGGUAUGCCGCAGAUGAUGAGGAGAUUUUUGCAACAGACAAGGUGUGUAUCUUACUCAAUGAUUUCACACGUAUGAUAUAAAUGCUCUAAUAAUGUAUGGUUGUUUGUCUCAGGUGUCCUGCGUCGGUCAAGUCAUAGGGGCAAUAGCUGCUGAAACUCAAGCCCAGGCCCAAAGAGCAGCCAAGAUGGUAAAAGUAACAUACAAAGACUUACCAAGAAUACUGACCAUUGAGGUGGGCGCUAACUUCAACAUUGCUAGAAAGUUCUGUUUAUAUUAUUGUGCUGCAUCUCCUCAAUCGAACUGCUGAACAUUUUCAACUCAUUCACAGUAAAACUACUUAGUUCUUCGCGUCACUUUUCGAAACAAGUCCUUAAUCCUUAACUCGCUGUUUUACAGGAGGCUAUAGCCGCAGAUUCUUUCUACGAUUUUGAACUGAGCAUCGAGAAGGGAGACCUGGAAACUGGAUUUGCAGAAUCUGAACAUUUGUUGGAGGGAGAGAUGAGAUUUGGAGGACAAGUAAGUUGUUGGAGAGUUUUGGAUUCAGACUUAGACUUACGCUACGAAGCCUAAGUUAUGUCUAACAGUCUAACUUUUACAGAAACAGCCAUUUUUUUUCUUCUAGGAACACUUCUAUCUGGAGACGCAAGUUACAAUCGCUGUUCCAAAGGGAGAAGAUGGCGAGAUGGAACUUUUUGUUUCCACGCAAAAUCCAACAUUGACACAGGUAUGUUGGAGAGAUACUCAGUCUUUCUAAAUCUCUCCUGCAUAUUUGCUGACAAGUCUGGCAAUACAAUUCAUCUCAGGAAAAAAUUGCUAGGCAUGUUGAUGUAUGAUCAAACAGCCAAUUGUAUGUGAAAUGGGAGUAGCAUGUUACUACAUCGGCUGGUUGUGUUUUAGCAAAGAAUAACGUUUAAAAGAACGACGAUGAAAGACUGACUUUAAUCGCUAGAUACACAAAUAAUAACUUACUCAAAUUAAUCUAAUCUAAAUAACGUGGAAAACGGAAUAUGUUUAUUCUGCUACCUACAUAACAUAACGUAAUGAGAGGUGAUCAAAAUAAAUUCUUCAUAAUCAACACUAAGUUUGGGUCCCAUUUGCAAUCAACACCACAUAUUAUCCAUGAAGAAAAUCACCCUACAUUCCUAGUCUAGACCAGGGAUUCUAUACCAACCGCACAAGCGAGAGGUUUAUGUAACCCUCUUCUCUUUGUGUAUCUGUAGAAACUUGCUGCAAGAGCUCUUGGAGUUCCGCACAACAGAGUUGUGGUGCGAACCAAACGACUGGGUAAGUUUCUUUGUUUUUCCUUGAAUCGCGAAGUCGUUGAUCGCGAAAUAUCUUUUUAUUCAUCAUUAUCUCAUUUAGGUCGGUAAAAGCCGAUUAGGCAACACACCAACCACUUAUAAAAUUAAAAAAAAAAAUUACAUGUCACAAUAACUACAGUACUAACUUUACAAAUGGACACACUCGUAUUAAGCUAAUAAACUAAGGUAAUUCUUAAAUGCGACAAGAGACAUAAUAUCGGGCAUAUCAGGGAGGAUCUGAUUCUAGUUUCUAGCAGUUCUUGGGAAAAAAUAUAGAAAACGGGCAAAAAAACGGGCUUCGAUUGAAGCUCUGAGGACUUGACUCACUGAAAUGUGCAGGUAUCUUUGUACGUUACGGUGCUUUUGCUCCUGUAGGUGGUGGCUUUGGUGGCAAAGAAUCACGGAAUUGUUUUCUGACAAACGCAGUCGCUGUAGCUGCUGCAAGGUAAGUGACUACUCAUACAUUUGUUCCUUUAAUUUCAAACCGGCAUAUAAAUGUUUCGUUACCUCUUUUGGAAUCUCAAGUUGAUAAAACCACAGUUUAGAUCUAUUCAAAGGUUCAAAGAGAGUCAAGAAAACCGUUCGUAUUUAUCGCAUUCAUACUAAGUAGUUUUUUUUUCUGACAAGGUAAACUCGAGUGUCUAGGAAGUUAUCCUAGUUUGAGGAAGGCCCCUGAAUUCUUUUCUCAUCUUUUUUAAAGAACUGGUAGACCUGUUAGGUGUAUGCUUGAUCGAGAUGAAGACAUGAAGAGCACAGGAAUGCGGCAUCCUUUCUUAGCGAAAUACAAGGUAGCUAUUAUAAGUAGAUUUUUUAAAUUGUUUAGUUAAAAGUUUCAAGAUUGAGAAAUCGUUCCACGAAGACGCAUAUAUACAGGUGCUGGCAAAUGGUUUUAAACGUUCCCAUUUCCCAAACACAUUCAUGCUUUACGAUAGAUCUUUGUCAGGAAGAAUAUUUCUUUGAGCAUGAAAUUGUUUAUAACUGAUUUUCGACAUGAAAAUGGAGAAUUUUAAAUUAUGCCCUAAAAAUUAUAUACUUAUGUUUUUCCCGUUCUAGGUGGGCUUUACAUUCGAUGGAAAGAUAAAGUCUUAUGACAUCAAGUUGUACAGUAAUGCUGGCAACACAAUGGAUGUUUCUAAAAAGGUAGGACUGUUUUUCCUAUUGGACUCUGCACAGAUACUUUAUGGAACUCUGGGUAGAGUCUGCGCGUUGCAAUGUAAAAUCCAUCAACUCCACUAUGAUCUCGUUAAGACAUGGUCAUUCAGCGGGUUUUUAAGAACUUCGUGAGAUACACAGAGAAGACCCUUAGAAUUUCAUGAACUGUCAUGGAUCUCCGAGUUCUAUUUUUCCAUGCUUUCGCACCCACAAAGGAGAAGUCGCCUCAAACUCUAAAAGCCUGAUAAACUCUAACAGCCAUUCAACAGUUAAACAUUGUGUCACUUGUUCAGAUGAGAACCCGACACGUUUGGGGUAUGUUGCAACAGGUCAUAAACUCUCUCUCUGUGAUUUAACAACGUAGAGAUCGGUGGGUAGACUAAUCAAUGACUCAUUUAUUGUUAUCAGACUAACGGGUUUAACUUUGCUGACUAUUCAUACCCACUUUGCCAGGUCAUGGAAAGAUCAAUGUACCAUAUGACAAACUGCUACCUCAUUCCAAACAUUCGUGGGGUUGGCCGCCUCUGUAAAACAAACAUCGCAUCAACCACAGGGUUCAGGGGCUUUGGUGUUCCACAGGUAAGACAUUGAAAAACUUGCUUUUGUAGUAUGUACAAAACAAACGUUCGAAUGUCUUAAAUGAGACCAAGAAAUCGAAUAGACCGUUCAGAACAAUUUUCAAUUGAAGGUCGAAUGUAAUAUACACGAGAUUGGUUUUGUUUCAUUUCGCUCGUGAUUGGUCAAAAAACUCGCGCCACUCUCCCAACCAAUCAGAUGCAAAACUAAAACCAUCUCGACUUGCAUUUGGUCGCCCGCGUUUUCCCGCGCUUUUAGCAAUUUGGUUGUUUUUCCUCUGGGUUCUCAUUGGUUCGUAAAGGUAUUUCCUUUCUUCUGAUUGGCCGUUGUGAUUAUAUUAGUAUUGGUUUUACGUCACUAAACCAAAAAGCGCUCUUUUCUUCACUUUUAUCGAAUAUAGUUAAAGAUUAGUAAAGUUCUGUAAACAAACUGCGAACAUCAAGAGACAUUAAUCGUCACUGACUUCGCUCAUGCUUAUUUUUCCAAUUAUCCACUGAUGAAAAAGAGAAAAAUGGAUUACUUUUGCUAUAAAUUGAUAAACCAUUCUGAUGGCAAACGAUUUUGUUUGCAGAGUAUGUUGUUUUGUGAGUCAUUGAUUUCUGACAUUGCAACCAUUUGUGGUAUUUCCCAAAGACAGGUCAGUUGUGUGUCCUAGCCGUAGAUCAGAUAGAUUUUAAUUUUAUUUAGAGAGAUGUAGCAAUGAUUGUUCUCACAUUAGAGGGCAUGUUAGACUUACCGAACUCGAAUAAAGAACAAAAACGUGAGAAACUGUCUGAUCAGGACUGAUUGCUAUGUGGAAUUUUACUUUACUCCAUUUCCCCUUUUUCGGUCAAACAGAUAGACAACUAACGAUUUAGGAAUUUUAAUCAAAUGAAAUAAAUUUCAUUUUGACUUGCCGAUGAGCUGUUUUAAAUGAUGAAAUGAUCUUUACCUGGGAUAAAUAUUUACCGACUGGAGUAAGAGCUUAUCAAUAUAACGACACAAGACUUUUAAGAAUCAACAAACGGAGUAAAAGGUUCGGUAUACGGCGAGGAUAACGUGUUGCUUUGUUCAAAUCUUUGAAACGUAUUGGAUGUGAGAAAAUCAAAUAAUGAGCUACCUUUGGUUUCACCAACAGGUGCGGGAACUAAAUUUUUACAAAGAAGGAGAUUUAACUCACGUUAACCAAGAACUGACGAAUUGCCAGCUUCAGCGAGUAUGGAAUGAACUGGUAGAGAAAUGCGAGUACGAGAAACGGAGAAAACUCGUCCAAUCCUUUAACAGGUAACGUCUGAAAUUAUUUUCACUCGUCUCGCUUUUUCGUGCGUUGGUUAGGCGGGCUAGCACAAACGAUUGACGAUAUUCUUUCCAAUCCUGAAAUUUAAAAAAAUUAUUGCCUUUUUAAAAAAUAUUUAUACUGUUUUAAGGGAAAAUCGAUGGAGGAAACGUGGAAUUUCGCUGAUACCCACUUUGCUUGGUAUUGGAAUUACUUUACGCGCCAAAAAUCAGGUAUGAAAUCUGCAUUGAAAGCUAUACCAACUUUUCCUCAGACAUGGUUUGAUGCUACUCUGGUUUAAAGAUUUGAUGAAUGUAACCGAAGAAGUUACAUUGAAUCUUUAAACCAGUGUAGCAUCAAAGCAUGUCUGAUUGUACACCUGGUUGCCAUGUGAACUUUAAUAAACGUUUCCUUAGUUAAUCGCCUCGUAUCAACAGUAUGUGAUUUUUUUUAUUCAGGCUGGAGCUCUGUUGCAUGUUUACACAGACGGAUCAGUUCUUUUAACUCAUGGCGGAACAGAAAUGGGCCAAGGACUACACACCAAAAUGGUGCAGGUGAGAUGUUUGUCAGCCUGGUGAGCUGUUCCUGCUUACAACGUCACGUCACUGAAACGACAAGUGGAGUGAGAUUAUACAAAACAUGACGACAUAAGCUCAAAUUUCAACUCUCCUUUGUUGUAUUUUUGCAGGUAGCAGCUAGAUGUUUAGGUAUUCCAGCAUCCAAAAUCAUAAUAAGUGAAACAAGUACAAACACAGUUCCUAAUACUACCCAGACUGCAGCUUCUGCCUCCUCUGAUCUCAACGGCAUGGCGGUUAAAGUAAGAAUUGUCAACACCUUUUUCGCGGAAAAGCGCUUUUUUAUGAGAUUUGUACAUAUAGAAUUAAAACUAAAAAAUUCGAUAUGAACAAUCAUAGCAGAAAUAAACAGCUCAGGAAGCCGAUAGAACUGAACUAAAGGAACGACAAGCACAGUGCUUGGAGUGAAGGAAAACGCGAGCAACGGAGUCACGAUGGUUUUUUUUCUUUUUUCCAUUUUAUCAGCUGAGAGAGUUGCAUGCGUUUCCUGGACCAACUUUGAGCGUCUUAAAGCAAAACCAACCGUGAAAGAAAUUAACCCCGCAUUUUUUUCAACGCUUGUAUAACAAUUUGCUCAAUUAUGCAACAUACGUCUACCUUUCCUUUGUCUAGUGUUCUUCCCGCUGUCGACUUGUAGGUUAUGCCCUACUCUAUAGAAACUUUCGACUAAAAGAGUGUAAGGUUGAGGGGGAGGGGUGGGGGAGAAUGGAAAGCGAAUGACACACUCAAGGGGUUGAUGAGGUUUCUACCAAAGAAAGGACUUACAACCUAUCGACAAGCAGAAAAAAAAAGGGAAUAAAUACAAGGAUUGACAAAGCAUCAGAAAGCUUGCUUAUGUUGUUUGCAGAAUGCUUGUGACCAAAUACUGGACAGACUCAAGCCUUAUCAGAUGGAGGAUCCCAAGGGAAAGUGGGAGGACUGGAUACACGCGGCCUACUUUGACCGCGUGAACCUCUCUGCAAGUGGGUUUUACAAGUAAGGAUAAUGAUUACAGUCUAAGCUAUUUCAAGUAUAAUUUCCACAAUGUGUUCCGCCCCUCCAUCCAUAGGGUUCUGUUUUGGGGUUCAGAGUCCCUUUCACCUUCUUUCUUCCCCAUCCCUGCCCCACCACUCCCACAAUCUCUUACGUAAGGCUACUAAUUCGUGCUCUUUUUGUUUUUUUAAAAAAAAUUUCUCUCUUUUUCUUUUUGCUAACUCAAUGACGAUUUUCAAAGUUAAGCCGAUUUAGUGAAAAUUUGUGCUGAUAUUGAUUCGGAGUCAUUUUUUUAACAUCUUACAGAGUGCCCGACCUCAAUUACGAUUGGAAAACUAAUUCAGGGCGUUUGUAUAAUUAUUAUACUUAUGGCGCUGCCUGUUCUGAAGUGGAAAUCGAUUGUCUCACAGGAGAUCAUCAAGUGAGUGACGUCUUACUCGCACCGCUAUCGGAAGUCUUUACGAACUAUAUAAUGUAACUAAGCACCAUAUAUGUGAACGUCUGCCCAGAUCUUUUUCACUAUCCAGCGGCCUUGGAAGAUCUAGGUAUUAGAGGUAUUAGACAAGGUCGCAACUUAAAAAAAGGGAAAGCAAAAUUCCAAAUCUCGGACAGUUAAACAUGUUUCAAUUCUCUCGAGAACUAACUAAACUGCACCUGCCAAAAAAAUGACAUAACUUGCUUUUCUUCAAACAGACCUUUUGAGCUGGGAGGAAACGCGCAAGUUGACAAAGGUCGUAGCCAUACUUCAGGGUGCUCGUCAGUACGCAGUCUCUCUAUUUAACCCCAGUCACUUUUAACAAAUAAAACAUUUUUGAAUUGAUUUGACAAUCAUCUCUAACUUCAAAAUACUCGCUCAAUACUGUUUUUUCUUUUCGUCAUUGUAACGCUUUUUGGGGUGAAUUUGUGUGAACAGGUUCUGCGCACAGACAUUGUGAUGGAUGUCGGUACCAGUCUCAAUCCAGCUAUCGACGUCGGCCAGGUCAGUAACCUUAUCCCAUCAUACCCAGCGAGAAUGUCAUUUGUAUUAAUAUAUUUCAUUUCAGUAUUAUCUAUUUAACCCUUUAACUCCCAGCUCAAAUUUAUAAUUCUCCUUACUAUCAACCAUACGAUUCUUAUAAUGUUAGUUCAGAGAAUUUAGUAUUGGAUCAACUAAUUAUCCUGAAAUUGAUAUUUUCCUUUAUUCUGGACACUUAUCUCGUUGAUAUUGUAUUGAUAUUGUAAGGAGAAAUUCUGUCUUGGUCACUCGUGGGAGUUGAAGGGUUAAUUGAAAUCGUAAAUGCCUUUACUCUAAGUCACUGUUAGUUGACGGAGUUCGUCUGACUUCCGGUAAGUUACUUUCGUUGAAGGACAGGUGUUACGAGAAAAACUUUUACUUAUUCCAUCGGAAAAUCACAUUUUUCCAUCGUGUGUAUUAGACAUUUAUGCCUUUCAUGCCACUUGCAUCACGAGGAUAAGGCAUUUAGAGAUCAAGACUACUGCUGAUUCGCAAUUGAAAUGGCCAAUCAACAUGCACGAAAAUGUCACGUGUCAAGAAAAAACUAUUGCAAUCCCUAAUUGUUUCAUCAAUCUUUUGAAAACUGACUUAAUCUAUUAUAUCAAAGUCUGAAAUUAUCUGUUGCUCUUGCACUUCCUCGUGUCAUAAAUGUUUUGGUUAUGUCCUCAGAUCGAAGGCGCUUUUGUUCAGGGACUCGGCAUGUUUACGCUGGAGGAAGUGCGAUGUUCUCAGAAUGGCACCCUAUGGACGACGGGGCCUGGGACCUACAAGAUUCCUGGAUUUGCAGAUAUUCCGGUGGAGUUCAAUGUCCAUCUUCUUCAGAAAGCUCCAAACGACAUGGCUAUUUAUUCUUCGAAGGUAUUUUACACACUUUAGGGCUCAUAUUUUAAGGGUUCUCUAUUUUCAAAUGAUGAUCGACUGAUCGACGGCGACUAACUUACUGACUCACCCAUAAACUGACUCACUGACUGACUUAUUGACAGACUGAUUUUCUGAUUGACCAGCUGACUGAGUCAUUGACAGACUGGCUGAUUGACUGUCUGACCAACCAACAGAUUGAUUGUCUAUUUAUCUGCCUGUCUGUCUGACUGACGGUCCAAUUGACCAACUAACCGGCUGACUGACCAAUCCUGAAUGAAGGGGGUAAGUUUCUUAAGAAACUGUGGUGCUGCGUCGGUGGGAGAGUAUAACAGGGUGAUUUAGUAUUAAAAACUGAGUUGAUAACGUAAAUUAGCCACCUUCAGAGCGAUUGGGCUAACGCUCGGAACGUCAGCUUUUAAAAUAUUUACGGUGGCCAAUUUACGUUAUCAACUCAGUUGAUAAGAUUUAAUACCCUGAUUGACUGAUGAACGAUUCUUUCACAAAGUGACCGAUUUACAUUGUCCAAUUGUUCGUACCCCUUGCUCAUAUUUUUUGUUGGUUUGCUCGUUUGUCUUGUAAUUGGAUCUGUUGAACGGAUGCCAGAUCAUUGAAAUUGGAAUAAAUCAUAUUUUAAACCAAACUAGUAAACAAUAGAGUCUCGUAUUUAAUUUCAGGGCGUUGGAGAACCUUCUUUGUUUCUAGCUGCAUCUGUGUUCUUCGCCAUUAAAGAGGCCAUCACCGACGCCAGGUGAGACUGACCUCCUCAAUUUGCAACAAAGUGAGGCGAAGCGUAACAUUAAUAAAUAUGUUAGAGCUCCAAAUUCUCUGGCUGGGGCAACAAUUUUUAGCUCUAGUUUAAUUUUAACAAUAGUAAGGAAAUUGGCUGACCGAGAGGGCAUGAGUUGCGCUAGCAUGUUCACGUCCUGACCGAGGCAAAGUUAAAGAUUUAAGUGUAAAUUAAUUUCAUCGUUUUUUCUUCACAGACGUGAAUCAGGUAUUGAAGGGAUUUUCAGACUGGACAGUCCUGCUACCAGUGAGCGCAUCAGAAUGGCUUGUAUUGACCAGUUUACACAACAGGUA